AUGUGGGCUUCUCGGCUCUCAAGAGAAUCGGCAAAGGCUAUCAUGCGGCUCCAACCCACAUGGAACCUUGAUGUGGGUGCCUAUGAAAUACUGAAGCCGUGGGUCCACGCGGAGAAUCUCAAGGCUCUCGAUAUGGUUCGGUUCGCACAGCCCGCCGUAGGCACGGAGCCACAGUACAUCGACGUUGGUUGUGGACCGGGAAGCUUUACGAAGGAAACACUGCUGCCUCGAGUGCCACCAGAGUGCCGGCGUCUCGUAGCCGUUGACAGGUGCCACAAGGCGUUAGAUUACGCAAGGGACAACUUCAGCCACGACCGCAUAGUGUACGACACCCUGGAUGUUGAACACCACGACCCAGAGAGCCUCACGGAAAGAUACGGUGCCUUCGACCGCGUCUACUCAUUCCUGGCUUUUCACUACGUGGCGGACAUCGCGAAGGCCUACAGCAACAUUUUCAAGCUACUGAAAGGCGGAGGAGAGUGUCUGGUGUUGUCCAUCGUGAAAGCCGACGCCAUCGAAGUUUGGAACGAGGCGUAUCAAAUGGAGGAGUGGAAUGAACUAAUGAUUAACCCUACAGCACUGUUUCCAGGAGUGGUACAUAGCGGUACAGCCACAAGAUCAGCCGCUCAACUAGAUGACCACACGAGGGAAAGUGUUUCUACGGCUGGUCUGCACUGUUUAAGCUACCACAGGUACAAGAGCCGCUGGGUGUUCCGUCGCAUGGAAGACUACCUCGACGCCUUCAUGUCUUCAUUCCAAGCGUAUGACGGUGUGCCUCAGGAGAAGCAAGCUACUCUCAGGGAUUUAUGGAUCGACCUGCUCCAGAGGAAGACUCGCGUCGUUCUUGGAAGAGAGUGCGCCGUUUCUGGGCCUAUCCUCUACAAGUUGCUUCCAGAGUUGUAG